AUGAACAAUCUCAUAUUAGCAGUAAUCGGCCCCAAAGGCUGUGGUAAGACGACCUUCAUCCGAUCCCUGUUCGAAACCGCAGGCGACUACGCAGUUGCCCAAGAUGACGACGUUAGCAUACACACCGCCAACCUCGAUGAACAGAACCUCCAGAUACAUCUCAUAGACACACUCGGCCUCUCCCCCGACAAGCGGUACCUCCCAGACACCAAUACACUCAACUACAUCAAGACCCGGCUCGAAUCCAUGGACAAACAAAUAGACGGCGUCAUCUACCUCCAGCGCGUCAUGGAUCUAAGCAACGCUGACUACGCAGUUCGUAACCUGAACGCUUUUUCGAACGUCUUCAGCUCCCGUCGGUUCCGACAUGCCGUCGUGGCUGCCACGAACUGGGAUCGUGUUGCGAGUGAGACUGACAGCUCGGUGCUCGAGGGGUAUUUCUACGAUUAUCUAGACCGUGUGUGUAUAAUCAGCUCAAUGGGAACACGAAUUCAGCGAGCGAGACUGAGCGACUCAACAGAUGCAAGCCGGGAUCUUUUGGAAAGUAUUCGGCAUGUCGAGAGCCCGGAGCCGUCUCCGCCGCCUUCACCACCACCACCACCUACCCCGGCUUCACCGUUACCUUCGUCUCCCGCCCCCGACGAAUCUUGGGCUCCUGGUGGUCAGGAUCGUGAGAGGGUCGAGCACGUGUUGGCAGAUUCUGAGUAG